UGGUUUCCUAACAUUCUGUUUAUUGUUCGUUUGACAUUCCGCAAAUUAUUCAAAAUUCUAAAACAAAAGCAAUGUAUGUCUGCCCCAAACUAACAUCUUUGUUAAAGUGGAGCUCUACCGCAAUGGCCAGAAGCAUGGGUUUAUUUUUUAAACGUAGCGCCCACUCGGUACGCUAUGACGUCGAACCAGGCAAAUGUUGCAAGAUACGCGACGAAGAAAUGCAAAAAUGCUUUGAACAAAAAUUGAUAUGCAAGCCGAAUAGAUUGCCGAAUAGAUUGCCGAAUAACUGUGUUGAAAAAGUAAGUCCGUUGUCGCAAGAAUAUCCAAUGCAGUUGCUUAGACUCUUUCGAAGUGCAGAGGAUAAAUGCAAGCUGUACAAGCACGACGUAUGCCACUAUGAGCCGUCGGACAAGACGCGUCGAUAUCAACGCACUUGGGCCGAAUGUCCGCUCAUUUGGCUGCGACCCCGAAAGAUCUGCUGUCCAGAGCAGGAGAUUUAUAUGCCAGCUGAACGACGCCCAAGGAAGCCACCGCGUCCGCCAUUGUCGCCGGUAGAAAAAUUUACAUACUCUAUGGAAUUGUUAUGCAAAGGGAGUCAGACCUUCUCCAAGUCAGAUCUGAAAUGCCGAGUUCACAAGGAGCUAAAGCCGUGCGAGAAGGUAACAGCGCCAUUUCCAAGCUUCUCCGAGUGCAAUCAGGGCUACAUUCUACGCUACUGUGACACCGAGUGCGCCUGCAAGUACAUGCCUAGCCUAUGCGAUGUGUGGAGGCAAUAUCAUCGCAACUCGGGGGCCAUUAAAGUCUGCACCCGAGCAGUAAUUAGCAACUGCCCAUACAAACAUCGUGCACGCCCUUUGUACUGAAUGACAAACCGGGGCAUUGGACAGCUUAUUCGAUCAGCAUAGAUGUUUUCCUUCAUAAAGGCUUUUGUAAUUGUUUCAAAAUUUCAACUCGGUCAU